AUGAAACAGCGUUGCAAUAUGGCGGUAACCGCUACUACCGUGUUAUUAGUCACUGUGGUCAUUCGUUGCACGGCCGGUUACGACAUACUGGCAAUAUUUCCGUUUAGCGGCAAAAGCCAUUUUCACAUGUUCCGUACUGUUUCGGACGCCCUGGCAGAACGCGGACACCAUCUUACCGUUGUCGGACACUUUCCCAAGACACCGCAACAAUCGCGAAUUGGUACCAUCAAUGACGGCAAUAUCAGAGGUGAGGGACAUGGGUCUUACACUGAUUACAGUAUAUUCGGCUCGAUGCCGAUAUAUGAGAACUUCACUACUGACGAGGUGACAGGCAAUGGUUAUCUAGAAGAGAUGCUAAUAAUCUUGCAGGAUGGUUUGGAUAACUGUGAGUCAGUUUUAUCUUCGGGCAAACUUGGCCAGCUCAUUCAGUCCCAGGCAAAAUUCGAUUUGGUCCUGGUUGAGAUCUUCAAUACUGGUUGUUUCGUGUCAAUAGCCAAUCAUUUCGGGGCACCAGUCGUCGGUAUUACCUCAACCAGUCUCUAUCCAUGGUUCAGCGGUAUGGUUGGCGACGUAGUGAUGCCGUCUUAUGUGCCGGUAAACUUGUUACCGUUCACCAGUCGAAUGAUAUUUGCUGAACGCUUGAUUAACUCCAUGAUUCUGAUAGCGAUGAAAACGUAUUACAAGUUAAGAUACGAGCCGGCGGCUCAAGCAAUCGUCGAUAAAUACUUAGGAAAGCUUAAUGGUGGUACAGUGUCCGAAUCCUUGAAAAAUGUGAACGCCGUCAUCAUGAACACACACUUCGUGUUUGGAGACUCCCGACCACUACCACCAGGUAUUAUUGAAGUCGGAGGGUGCACGUAUAAGAAACCAAUACCCUUGCCGCCAGAAUUGGAACGAUAUGUUGCCGAAGCCCAACGAGGUGUCAUUUAUUUUUCACUGGGCUCUAUAGUGAAAAGUUCAUCAAUACCAGACGCUCAAUUGCUGGCAUUGCUCCAGGUGUUCGGCCAACUGGAUGGCUACAGAGUACUUUGGAAAUGGGAGGACAAUCCUCCAUCGCCAAAAAUCCGUCCCAAAAAUGUCAUGUUUAUGCCGUGGAUGCCUCAGUUUGACGUACUCAAUCACCCGAACGUCAAAUUGUUUAUAUCGCACGGUGGUCUAAUGGGAAUAUUAGACGCUCUUUAUUCGGGCGUGCCCAUUGUCGGCAUACCCAUGUUCGCCGAUCAAUUUUCAAACAUGAACUUUAUCGUCCAAAACGAAUGGGGACUGCAAUUGCAACUCGACCAGAUCGACACAGAGAUUGCUAACUACACGAUAUCUUCUAUACUCAAUGAUAAUAAGUACGCGAAAAACGCGAAACGACUAUCGGCACUAUACCGGGAUCGUGAUCGAGACCCGCUGGAAAAAGCUGUGUAUUGGAUCGAAUAUGUUGCCAGAAAUCGAGUCAACCUGAUGCUUAAGCCGACCAUUCAAGACUGGUGGUACGAACGAUGUUUACUAGAUGUGGUUUCUGCAGUGUUCGUUACUGUGGCCUUUACGGCAUACCUAGUAAAAUGGGUUCUAUCCAAAAGUAAAAGUCAAAACGCUACUACUACUAAUCAGUGAUCAUCAAAAAUACCGUACUGUACUCAAGAAUCCAAUAAUGGACCACCAUAUUGAAUACCUUUGAUCAAGACGUGGUUUGUAAUAUCCAAACACAGAGGACCAUGUAUCGAAUUGAAUAAAUUUUGUCAUGCAGUGCCAUGGAAUGAAUGAAUGUUUUUAGGGAAAUGUCACUUACAUUUCUGUAUCUAGGUAUAAAAAAGGAAAUUAGGAUUUUCAAAAAUGGUAUGAUACACCUGUAUCAAUAAAUUCAGCAAACUCUGACCCUUUUUUUUAAUCAGAAAGUCUUAUUAUUUAAUUAAUUAAACAAUAUAGAUAACAUACAAAACAUGUCGUGUACAUUUAUAUUUUAAUUUUAUACAUAAAAUAAAUUAUUAUUUUUUAUUGUAUUAAUUGUUCUCCUCUUUUUAGAAAGACAAAAAGCUCAUUUUCAGUUUAUUACAAUGGUACGUUAAAAUCAUGUUACCUAAAACUAUUCUUCUUACCACAAUUAAAUGUAAGUUAUGUUAGGUACCAGUUUCCGGAUGUCUAGUACCUUUGUAUGGAGAAGAUACCUAUGUUAAUUAAUUGGAAAGUCUAUAGUUUUUAUUCAAAAUGUAUUGUGAAUAUUUUGGUGCAGUUUAUUUCAGUGUAAUGUAUUGUAAAAAUAAUCUACGUUCCUUUCAAUAUGAUUUAUUGAAAAAAAUUGUCAAAACCUACUUUGUUUUACCUACCAUAGUUUUGAAAUCUUACGAUACCUAUUUUAUAUUUUAACGAUAUUUAACUUUAUUAAUUAGUUAAUAAAUAGUUUAAUUUACUACUCUGGAGUAGUAGAGUACGUAGAAAUAAUUUUAAAAAUGUAUAAUAUUGCAACAAAUAUCAACAAUUUUGUACAACUUGCCUGUAAUUAUUAAGAACUGAGAAAAUAGUAAUAUUUUACAACACCUAUGACGUAUUUUCGGAACUAUAAAUUAUUCUUGUUUAUUCAAAA